AUGUUCUUGCGGACUUCUGAUAGCGUGCUUCGCCUGAGCUCAUGGCUUCGCAAUGAUCGUCUGCAUGCCCGCCUGCCCUUCCGAUGGAUUGCUCUAGUUCUCGCCGCCAUUGGGGGCUUCAUUCUAUUUUAUCUAUUUGCGAUCCCACAACUUCUCCGGUUCCGGUUCCGCGUCGGUUUAAGCUGGUAUGAUCUAGGAGCUCAAGGGUUCGGUCCAGAUCGAAAUUACAACUCCUUCGAUCAAGAGUCGCCCAUUGUCGAAAUCACCCCGCCUGGCGCAAAAUGCGAUCCCCGGUACACAUUUCUUGCGCCUCGGGGCGAUUCAGUUGCCCAUCCUGGUCCGAUGAUCCUGGAUCCCACUGGGGAACUUGUGUGGACAAAAUGGAAUGAGGGUACGACACAAGACUUCAAAGUACAGCGGUACAAGGGCGAGGACUACCUCACUUAUUGGGAAGGAGACACAUCCGACGGUCAUGGACGAGGGUCAUGGUACAUGCUUGAUUCGACCUAUACCCAAAAGUACGUGGUGUCUCCAAUCGGCAUGUAUGACGGCGACAUGCACGAUUUCCAAAUCACUUCCAACGAUACCGCAAUCUUGAUAAUUUACGACCCUAUCCCGAUGGACUUGAGCUCUAUCGGCGGCCCGGGGCUGGGAUGGAUGUAUGAUGGAGUGUUCCAGGAAGUGAACCUCGAAACCGGAGAACUGUUAUUUCAGUGGCGCGCAUCCGAUUUUUACCACCCGAGUGAUAGUUAUUAUCCGAUUGGAGAUAAUGGUCAGGAACGGGCCUCGGGGUAUGACCACUCGCACAUCAACAGUGUGGACAAGGAUGACCAGGGCCGGUACCUGGUUUCGAUGCGCCACCUCCAUACUGUUGCAUGUGUAGAUGGCAUCACUGGCGAUGUCCUAUGGUCGCUAGGAGGGAAACGGAACAACUUCGCCGAGGCUUCGGAUCGAGCUGCCACCGAUUUCUCAUGGCAGCACGACGCUCGCUGGCAAGGACCCAACCGCCUCAGCUUGUUCGACAACGCAGCCUAUAAUAAUGAAAACCUCUCGGCCGUGAGUCGCGGCCUGAUCGUUGAUCUGGAUAUAGAAGCGCGGCAGGCAACAUUACUGCAGUCUUUCGAGCACCCGCACGAUAUCAAGGCCGUUUCUCAAGGGAAUCUGCAAGUACUAGACACAGGGAACGUGUUCGUGGGCUGGGGUCACUCUGCAGCCUUCACCGAGUUCUCCCCAGAGGGCGAUGUUGUAUGCGAUGUGCACUUUGGUGCCUGUGCUUUCUUCACAUUUGGUCGUGUCGUCUCCUACCGGGUGUUCAAGUUCAACUGGGUAGGUAAUCCUGUGACACUCCCGGACACUGCAAUCACACCGGAGAGUGUCUUUAUUAGUUGGAACGGUGCGACCGAGGUAGCUGAAUGGCGAGUUGAGGCAUGGGACGGUGAAGACCUCGGAAAUAUGACCUUCACGGCUAUCGACCAGGUCCCUCGCGACGGGUUCGAAACUGAAAUUCCACUGACCUCCAAGGUUGAUUCAUUCUUCCGCCUACGCGCAAUCAACUCAAAUGGAGAGAGCCUCGGUGUAACAGAAAUACUCCAGCGACUACCAUCGGAAGGCUCUCCCCAUAUAAGCACAUGGGCCCUGGGCUGCAUUGUGUUUGUGGUACUUGGCUGCCUUAUAUGCGGUGUUUACUAUGCUGUUCACCGUCGACUUCGGCAGGGAUGUAAUCCCAGUGGCACGUAUCAAUUGGUAUCAUAUAAGGAUGAAAACCAGGGCGAUGAUGAGUAUGAUCGUCUACCAUUAUAG